AUGAGGGUUGUUGUUGCAGUUGUGGUUAUCUUGGCUCUUGCAGAGCUGGGAAGCUCCUUGUUAAUUGGUGCGUUCAAUAUCAAGUCAUUUGGGGACACAAAAGCAUCCAAUGCGACUUUGAUGGACAUCAUCAGCACUAUUGUGCAUCGCUAUGACAUAAUCCUGAUCCAAGAGGUGAGAGACAGUGACCUGUCUGCAACCACCAAGUUAAUGCAGCAUGUCAACAAAGGGUCCUCUCCUUACGUGUAUCGACAUAUUGUCAGUGAGCCUUUGGGUCGAAGCACUUACAAAGAGAGAUACCUCUUCCUCUACAGGGAACAGACUGUGUCUGUGGGCAAAAACUUCACCUUUGAUGAUGGAUGUGAGCCAUGUGGAACCGAUACCUUUAGCAGAGAGCCUUUUGUUGUGAUGUUUUCAUCCAAUUCAGUUGUGCAGAACUUUGUCCUCAUCCCUCAGCAUACAUCACCGGAUUACGCAGUGAAGGAAACUGACGCCCUGUAUGAUGUUGCUGUAUACACAAAGGCUCACUGGCAGACCAAUGACAUCCUGUUACUCGGAGACUUCAACACUGGCUGUAAUUACGUUGUUGGUGCAGAAUGGGAGCAGAUAAGGCUAUACACUGAUAAGAGCUUCAACUGGUUGAUUCCUAAUGAUGCAGACACAACUGUAUCCAACACCAACUGUCCAUAUGACCGGAUUGUGGCCACCACUGAUAUGAUGAUAGGUGUUGUUCCUAAGUCUGCUCAAGUCUAUAACUUCAUGACUGCUCUUGGACUCAGCCACAGUCUAGCUCUGGCCGUUAGUGACCACUACCCUGUUGAGGUGGAGCUCUACUGA